AUGGAAAAACAUCUUGUAAUGUAUUUAACCAGAAAAUCGAUUAUGCUCCUGCGGAAGUAUCUACUCGUAACGGAAUUUCAGGUGUCAAAGUGCGGAUCUCAUAUAGUCAAAAUAAGAAGGGACGUGCUAUAUCCGAAACGUACGAAAUAUAGUAAAUAUUUUAAAUGCAGAUGUAGUAGGGGUCGCGAACCGGAUGGUACACAACUUGGUUUUGGAAGAUAUGGCACCAAAAGUUGUAGAGCUGGUCGUCUUUCAUAUCGAGCCAUUGAAGCAGCGCGUCGGGCUACAAUCGGACAAUUCCAUCGUGCUAUGAGCGGACAAUUCCGAAGAAAUUGUAAGAUAUGGGUAAGAGUUCUCGCAGAUCUUCCUAUUACGGGGAAACCCGCAGAAGUUCGAAUGGGAAGAGGAAAAGGAAAUCCGACGGGUUGGAUUGCUCGUGUGUCCACGGGACAAAUCCCAUUUGAAAUGGAUGGUGUGAGUUUGUCAAAUGCUCGACAAGCCGCUAGAUUAGCGGCGCAUAAACCAUGUUCGUCAACCAAGUUUGUUCAGUGGUCGUAA